UGAUGGAAUCUGUUUACAGUCACUACACUUUAAUCUCAACCUGCUUCCUCCUCUCUUGAGAUACACGCUUGUCUUUAGCUGAACACUUGCAGUAGCAGUCACUCCUUCAGUACCUUGAUGAUGGCUAGACGGCCAAGGCACAGGUACAAUAACAGAUUUUGUUUACAGCAGUGAUGAGGAUGAAGAAGAAAUUGAAAUGUAUGACCAUGAUUAUGACGGACCAGUGCCAAAGUCUGGGAAGCGACAUCUAGGUAAAACUAGAUGGACCCGUGAAGAAGAUGAAAAACUGAAGAAACUAGUUGAACACCAUGGAACUGAAGACUGGAAAGUUAUUGCCAGUUUCCUUCCUAAUCGAACAGAUGUGCAGUGCCAGCACCGAUGGCAAAAGGUGUUGAAUCCUGAACUCAUCAAGGGGCCGUGGACAAAAGAAGAGGAUCAGCGGGUGAUCGAACUUGUGCAAAAGUAUGGCCCCAAACGCUGGUCUGUCAUUGCAAAGCAUUUAAAGGGGAGAAUUGGCAAGCAGUGCAGGGAACGGUGGCAUAAUCAUUUGAACCCAGAAGUGAAGAAAACUUCCUGGACGGAGGAAGAAGACAGAAUUAUAUUCCAAGCACAUAAAAGACUGGGAAAUAGAUGGGCAGAAAUUGCUAAACUCCUUCCUGGAAGGACUGAUAAUGCUAUCAAGAACCACUGGAAUUCCACAAUGCGACGAAAGGUUGAACAGGAAGGUUAUCUCCAACUUUCUCCCAAAACAGGCCAGCCACCAUUGGCUGCAAAUUACAAUAAGAGCAACCACAUAAUGGGUUUCGCCCAUUCGUCCACACCCACUCAGAUACCAACAACACAGCCCACAAUGAAUGGAGAUUAUCAAUAUUACCACAUCCCAGAAACACAAAGUAUUCCUGGUCCCGUUCCCUUUCCUGUAGCUCUGCAUGUGAAUAUACUCAACAUUCCCCAACCUGCUGCUGUAUCAGUUCAGAGACAGUAUAAUGAUGAAGAUCCUGAGAAAGAGAAAAGAAUAAAGGAAUUAGAGUUGCUACUUAUGUCGACUGAGAAUGAACUGAGAGGGCAGCAAGCAUUACCAAGCCAGGUGCCAAACUACUCCGGAUGGAAUGCCACAGUGAUGGCUGACAACUCAGGAUCUCAUGGUGACAAUGUUAACAUUUCCUGUUUGGGAGAACAGCAGCAGCGGUCUGCUCCCCUGGACCACGGCUGUCAUCCUGAAGACAGAGCCUCCCCAGCACGCAGCAUGGCAGUCAACCAAAAUAAUGGCAUGUCGCCUCUCCCUGAGUUUACAGAAACACUCCAGCUAAUAGAUUCGGAUCCUUCCACAUGGGCAGAUCUCAGCAGUUUUGAACUCCUUGAAGUUGCAGAUGCUUCGCCUUGCAAAACACCAUCCAACAAAUGCACAGAGCUUCAGCAAAAAGAGGGCACUGUGUGCGAAAGUUCUGAACACACUAACUCACGCUUAAACAAAAGCAUGCUGUGUCAGGACUCUCCUGCUUUGCUCAAGUCACUUUCUGCCUCAAAGUUUGCUGCCUCUCCUGCAGUCAGCCUUCGCAAACUGAAAGGGAUUGCCAACCAUUCGGCCAGUGGUGACAGUAGCACCUUCACAAUAGCAGACUUCAGCUGCUCUACUCCCAAGCGUUCCCCGGUCAAAAGCCUGCCCUUCUCACCCUCGCAGUUUUUCAACACCUCAGGAAAUCAAGUAAAUCUAGAGAUUGGCAAUCCAUCAUUAACAUCCACUCCUGUUUGUAUUCAGAAAUCAAUGAUUACAACUCCACUGCACCGGGACCACAUACCUAAACCUCAGAAAGAGAAUGAUGUUUUCAGAACGCCAAAUAUCCGUCGAUCAAUAAUGGAGACAUCUCCAAGAACUCCUACUCCUUUCAAAACUGCACUGGCUCUACAGGAAAUCAAAUAUGGCCCUUUAAAGAUGCUGCCCCAAACUCCCCAUCUUGAACAAGACUUGGAAGAUGUCAUCAAACAAGAAGCUGUUGAGUCUGGGAUUGCAACUGGGUUGCAUGAAGAUGAACAGCCUCUCUUAAAGAAAAUUAAACAAGAGGUGGAAUCCCCAUGUGAGAGAAUAAGGCAUGCCCUUCAGUGGGAAGAAGAAAACCUCAACACUCAGCUCUUCACACAAGGCAAUUCUUUGGAAGAUGCACCGAAUCUUCUUACAAGUUCGAUGUUAAUGAUGCCUGUAUCUGACAAAAAUGAAGACAACCUCAUUAAAGCUUUUAAUAUGCCUCGAAGAUCACUUGGAAGUCCAUUACAGCAGGUCAAGAUAUGGGGGGAAUCAGUUGCUUGUGGAAAGACUGAAGAUCAAAUGCUUGUAACAGAGCAGGCCCGCAAAUAUAUUAACACAUUCUCAACCAGGACUCUAGUCAUGUAAAGGUUUCAAGCUAAGCAUUAUAACAUGUAUAACAUUUUAAAACACUUCAGGUUGAUUUAAAAAUCAACGUUCCCUCUUCAUGAAGAUACAAUUAGGAGGGGAACCUAUUUGUUGUGGUACAACAGUUGGGAGCAGCACAAUACAGUUUGACAUUGUGCAUUCACUUGUUGGAUUUCAACCAACCAAAGAAAACGUAAUGACAAGUUUACCUGAGUUACUAGGUAAUAAUAUUUUUUGUAUCACUUAGAUGUAUAAUUUAUGCAUAAUAAUAUAAAGAACAACCUGCAUAAUUUAUUUGUUUGAAUAUUGUUGUCCGAAAAUUGGCAGACAAGCAGUGUUUUAUGCCAGUAUUCUUAUUUUCCUCUUGUUGCAUGAGGUGUGGGUGGAACACAUGUACAAAAUCACAGUAUCAGCAGUCAUACAUGGUUGAACUAAAUGCACUGAUGGGAAGUAUUGUGUUAAAGCAUUAUUACAGACCGAAUUAAGAUAAUCAAGAGUGUGAAUAUUCAAUAAUAUUCUGUUUAAGUACUUGUUUGGUUUUAAACCACUAUUUGUGUGUGUGCGUGUGUUUUUUUUGUUUUUUUUUAGCUUGUCUGAUGAUAAUACUGUAUGGAAAAUUGUUUUAUUUGAACAAAUGUAUUAUAUUUUUUAUGUUAUAAUUUAAUUUUUGUAAAUGCCAAAUGGAAGAGAAUCUAUUUGCUGCUAAAUAGUUUAGCAUGUAGACUGCUAGUGUCAAAUGGGCAGUAGAGCUUUACUAAAUUGGAGAACCUACUGCACUACCAUUGAGGGGGAAGUUCUUUUUUUUGUUAUUUGGAAACACUGUUCUUGGGAGAUGACAAAAUGGUCUUGCACCUUCACUUUUGGGGAAACACUGUAUUUAAAAACAAAAAAUACAGGCUUUGAAAUGUUCUUAGUUACUCUUUUAUGUUUGUUUUUUUUUAUAUCGCACCUUCAUUCGACUGCCGUAGCAAACAUCAAACUAACACUUUGAAACAAUGUAGUAAACUUUGCUGCCUUUUUAUAGCUUUUGGUGCAACUCAUCUGCACUUACUUUUUUAUACAAAUUUGUAUAUCAACUGCCUUGUAAAUAAAGUGUGUUUUUUUUUUUA